AUGUCAGCGCUUCAGCUAGUCGUUCUAGCGAUCUUCGUCGUUGUGUCAACGCUUUUCGGUCACGAAAAUGGAACAAUUCUGAGUGAACAGAAUGCCGAGGGAGAACCCGGUUGCGAUGAGAGCUGUAAACCAAAAAUUGAUCGGAAUAAGAUGUAAGAAGGGAAUGGUACUCUUUGAGAUCGUUGAUUUGAGAUUUGGCACAUUUUAUACGAUUAAACAUGUUUGAUCGUAUAAGACGUCUCCUAAGCCUUCAAGGCCUUCAAACGCGGAAUUUUGCGUUUAUGUAGGUCAAGAAUGCUAUUAGAGACAUGAGGGUUAUAAAAAUUACGCGUUUCUUAUUCGGAUCUUGGCUUUGGUGACAUUUUAUACGAUAUAAUUUUUUAUCGUAUAAAAUGUCUCUUUUAUGAAAAUUUUAGUGUCAAGUGUACUAUCCGUAUUUUAUAAACGCUUAUUUAAUGGAAUCGACACGAUUUUUGCCAUUUUAACAAAAUGUCACAAAGUUUUUGCAAAAAUCAAUAAUUUUUGUGACAUUUCGUCAAAUUGCCAAAAUGCCCCGAAAAUUGUGGCGGUUGUUAUUGGAAUUGUUCUAUUUCAAGUAAUCUUUGAUUUUCAGUCACUUGGACAACACAGAAUGCAUGGAAUUCCGCUUGGCAACCAAAAUGAUCCGAACUCAAAACUUUGGCUUCGAAAUUAAAGGCGAUUUGAACCACAGAGGAACUAAUGUGUAAGAUAAAAUCCUACAUUAUGUCUCCAAGACUUUUGGAGACUAAAUUUUACACUCGAAAUUCCCAUUGUUUAGGGUGCAAUUCUUCUUCGGAGAGAAUGAAACGAUGGGCAUGAGGGUGACUGUAAACAGUUCUGGAACGCUCAUUGAGGAUCGUAAGUGAGAAAUAUUGAUUGAUAGCGCUAUUGGGGCAGAAAUUUACAAUUCACAACUCUCGCGAGAAAUUUUUGCGUGAGCCAGGAAUCGAACCUGCAACCUUUAGAUUUCUAGUCUAACCCACUACCACCAGACUAAACUGACACUGGUGCUGAAAUUUCAGGAAAUCGAGCCCUGAGUGCCAACGUUGUGAAAUAAGUGUCUAGAAAGUUAUACAAAGUCAUAUUUAUAGCAUAAAAUUCACUUUAUCGUUGUGAUUGCCAGUUUUCCGCUGAUCUUUUAAAAAUUUUUAAAAAUCUUCAGCCGAAUACGUGUCUCAGCUCAAGUUCAACUCUGAGAUAACAGAAUACAGAUUCGAUAAGACGAAAAUCAAGAUCUCGGGCGCCGGCGGACAACUCGACCGACCGGCCGAACUGAACCUUAAUGCGCCGCUGGGCGAAAAAGUAGAAGGUAGCGAAAGAGAGGUGAAUAUCACGGUGGUGUUCGACAAAAUUGAGCCUCGUAACUUCUUGGUGGUCCAAUUUGUAAGUCAAGUUCGAAAUGAGACCGAUUUACCAAUGCGGUGACAUUUUAUACGACGAAACUUCUUGUCGUAUAAAAUGUCGCCUAGCUGGAAAUUUUAGCGUUUAAAGUAACCGCAAGACAUUUAUUAGUAACUUCUAGACAAAAAAUGCAGUAUGAAAUUUUUUGGCGCCAUUUUAUACGAUAAAAAAUUUAAUAUAUCAAUUUUGAUUUUUUUUUAAUUUUUAUAGCCUAUAGAGUAAUUUCCAUCGUUUUUAGUUUGAGGGAAUCACUCUGAACGCGGUUGCAUACCCAAGCUUCGAUGACCAUGGAGCAGGAAGUCAUAUAAAAAAGCCCAAGCACUAUACUGGAAGUCCGCAAUCUUCGUGGAAAAUGCCCUUGAUCUUUAUUUGCGGGUCCUUGUAAGAACUUUUUAGUUACUUCAAGUUACUUUGUAGGACAUCUAGUUUUCCCAUGCAUGGGUAUGAAACCGGCUUUGACCGUUUAAGCAUAUUUUAGAGCAGCUUUUUAUAUUACACUAGAUUGAAGGUAAAGUUGAUGGAGAAGGUGUCUAAAAUAAUGUCGUAAAUGACCUUAGUUGGUCUCAAACAGUGUGACAUGAUCGAUUUCGUAUUUUCCUGUUUGAUUUUCAUUUUUUUAAAACUUUGCUCCAGCCGGACUCGAACCCGCGACCUUUUUUUUGUCCUAACUGACUACCACUGCGCCAUAUGAACACAUGCCCUAAAAUUGCUCUAAAUGAGGCUAAUAUCAUUUUUAACGAUAUUACGGCAAUUUUCGAUUUUCUAUUUUUCUAAAAUACGACUAUAAUUGCCUUUUUUCAGAGGAGCCACCCUUGUUUUUGGAUGUGUUGUUGGUCUAUGCGUCAGAGGCAGAGCAUGGAGAGUAAGUGUUUAAAAUACGGCAACGGUACUGAAAAUUUGUUCUAGCGAUUUUUAGGAAAUUUCGUAAAUCUUACUGCAGCUUUUUUACUAUUUUUUGAAAAUUAGGCACCUGAUGACUAAAACAAUAUAAUUUUUUCCCCUGUAAAUGAAGUGAUAUAACUUUUUUUCAGAACCAUCGACGUGAAGCGGAACUCGAAGCAGCCAACAAGCCGGGUCCCGCCCCUCCGACCAGUGUAAAAGUCAAAAAAUCGGAAAAAUUGGACAAAUCGGAAAAGUCCGAGAAAUCAGAGAAAUCGGCAAAGGAAUCGAAAAGUGGGCAAAGUAGUGAAACUUCAGAGAAGACUCAAACCGGCACCGACGCGAAACCCGAAAAGAAAAAGAAUGCCGACCUCAGUGCUAAGGAUCGCCGCUCUGCAAAAGGCGCCAAAAAUAGCAUUGUCUAG